AUGGAGCUGGAUCUCAAUCAGGUUCAAGAAGCUCUCAAAUUAGACAAUAAUGAUGAGGAUGCCUCGAUGAGUGCCUACGAGACCCACCAUGUGAAAUACGGCCUGUGGACAGUGCCACAGAGAUACCGCGAUUUAAAACAGCUCGGCUGUGGGGCUUACGCGCAAGUCUGCUCGGCUUUCGACCGGAAAUACAACAAAUGUGUGGCGAUGAAAAAGCUGACAAGGCCAUUGAAAACGGUUGAUUAUGCCCGCAGAGCCCUACGAGAGCUGAAAUUAAUGAAGCACUUUUGCCAUGAGAAUAUAAUUUCAAUAAUUGAUGUCUUUACGCCACUUGCUUAUGGACCAGAAGACAUGGAAGAGAUAUACUUCGUGGUGAAAAAAGCCGACGGAACCCUGGACCAAGCGAUCAAAACUGCAAAUCAAAACAACACAAAGUUCGACGAGGAAACGAUACAGUUCCUAGUUUACCAAAUGGUGCGCGCUCUGAAGCAUAUCCACUCAGCCAAUGUCAUGCAUCGUGACUUGAAACCGGACAAUAUUGGUGUGUUAGAGAAGGACGGCAUAAUUCAGAUUCUCGAUUUUGGAUUGGCGCGCCAUGUAGAUGAUUAUAUGUCCGGCUAUGUGAUGGCUAGGUGGUACAGAGCACCAGAGAUAAUCCUGAGAUGGAUGCGCUACAACGAAAAAGCGGACAUCUGGAGCCUCGCAUGCAUCUUCUCGGAGAUGAUGACCGGCAAACCGCUCUUUCCGGUCGACUGUUGGCAAAAGCUCUUAGAUGAGAUAAUAAACCUGUGUGGGACGCCGAACGAUAAGUUUAUUGACAAAAUAGAAGGCGAAAAUAUAAGGAAAUGCAUUCGUGGCUUCACAAAAGUAGAGAAGAAGGAUUUAAGAAUCAUACACACUGGUUUCUCCGACCAAGCAAUAGACUUGAUCGAGAAAAUGUUGAAAAUUGACCCCGACGAACGAAUUUCUGUAGAAGAAGCAAUCAAGCACCCGUUCUUUGGGGACCUGCGCGAUCCACCAAACGAGCCCACCGCCACUCCCUUCGUAGACAAUUCAGAAGGCCACAAUCUUACCAUCGCUGAUCUUCGCAAUCAAAUCUGGACGGAAAUCCACACCUUUGAACCUCGACCUCUUCAAAGCAUUUACCCCGAAGAUUUCUACUCAUCCGAUGACGAGGAAAUAGAACAAUAA